AUGGCUCUCCUCCUCCAACUGCUCCUCUUGAGCCUCAUUUUUAACACGUUUGUUGCUGAUUCGGAUCAGUUUUCUUGUCCAAAAGGCCAGCGGAUUGUAAUGCGCGGUGGAAGUGAGAAAUCCUGCGCGGUAUGUCCUGAAGGGUACCACCAGCCUGGAGAGAAUAAGUCCAAACAGUGCAAACCGUGCACCAAGUGCAACCAAGCGUCGGGAAGUGAAGUGAUGGCGAAAUGCACGAAGGAGACAGACACGAAAUGUCAGUGCCGAGAAGGAUUUGUUCCUGUGGAGUCGGGUUCUGUGACCUGCAAAUGCAGUGUUGGAUUUGGGCUACGCCGUGGAGAAUGCUCAAAAUGUGAGGAUGGCUCCUUCAACCGACGUGCCAACGCUCCUUGUAUAAAGUGGAAAGAGUGUAAAUCCGGCGUGAACGUCAGCGGAAGCAGCACCUCUGACGUCGUCUGCAACGGCGAGCCAAAGCGUCGCCCACACAGCUCUCCCCGCACCGUGACUGUCAACACACCUCCAGAUGAGAAGGCCCGAAGUCGCCUCAACGCUGACGCUGAUGUUGCCGCCACAACCGCCGCAAGCCGUGAGGUGCCCUCGAAUGCCAAAGUGGAGCCUGUCCGCCCUUUGACCGCCACAAGGUUCCAUGUUGGCAUGGCCUUUCUCAUCUUGGGAAUUGUUGCAGCGCUGAUUCUCAGCGCUGCGGCCUGUACGCGGCGCGUCACUCGUUGUGUGAGGAGACGGGGACUAAUGCCAAGAGAUUUGCCGUACCGCAGGCCUGUAGAGGAAAGCGGCGAUGGAAUUCGCUCCAACCUGAAUCCAAAGAAGCCUUAAUCUCCUGGAUAAUAUCACCGCACAUGUUCAUAUCACCUUCAUUUUAAUAUUACUGACCUGAGACGUUUGUUUGCAUGUUGCAUCCCACAUUACUUAACUGCUACUCGAUGAAUGUUAAUGUUGCAUUGUUUUUUUUUCCUGUUAUUCGCAAAGUUUUGUUGAGAGUCCC